AUGCUUCGAACCUCUCAGGGACAAGAGGAGCAAGAGGAAGCAGAACCCAUCUGGACCAAUCCCAAGAUCUGCAGGACCUUCCCCCCUGGGCUAAUCGUACUGCAUGAGCCGUCUCUGUAUUUUGCUGAUGCUGAAGAUGAACUAUUACCUUCUGUCGUCCUGUUCGAUUCCCAAUUACUGAAUCUGCAACUCCCGAUCACCAAGGCACCUUCGGAUACCUACCAGUAUCUUCCCCGGAGGGAUAGGCAGUUUGAACCCGUCUUUGGGCUGGUAGAGAAGUUCUUUGAAUGGGUAGCUUUAUUCGAACUCGCCGAGGACGAGGACACAAUUCCAUCGUCUCAAGGCGAAGAUGACGAAGUCGAAGCCCUGCACCAGCCAGGCAAACAGAUGAAACUGUACCGCGUCAAGUCUCCCAAAGAAGUGCAGCUAUUUCGUUGGGAAGAAGUUAUUAGUUCGAGCGCAGAGGACGCUGUUCCUGUGACACGAUUUGUAUUCUAG